AUCGUUGAAAUGUACAUACGUAGCAUCAAGCUGUUAUCAUAUCUAGGAGUUGUGUAGUGUCUAAGUUUCCUGUAAUAGAAGCAAAAAUUGGGAAACGUUUGUGGUUUCAUUUUUGCAGGAGAAAAAAAGAUAUUUUUUCUCCUCGAGCUAACAUGAUGCCGUAUCGGCUUAUUUGAACGAGCUAAAGGAAACCGAGCAAGAAUGAUGUUUUGCUGUCUCAGAAAUUGUUUUGACGGCCUUGGUUUUGCCGAAGCUCAAACAUCAAAGGAACAUCCGAAUCCUAUAGCUUUAGAUACAUCUCACAUGGGACACGAAGUUGUGAUAGUAAAAGAUGGUCUAAGAGUGUGUGGUUGUGGUGGUGCCUUAACAAAUGCUCCUCUUGUUCAAAGUAAAAGCUAUUUUGAAGUUAAAAUACAACAAAGCGGUAUAUGGGCGGUUGGACUAGCUACGAAAUCAACGGAUCUAAAUAUUGCAACUGGAGGAAAUGAUGGGGAAAGUUGGGCUCUUAAUUCUGACGGCAUUAUAAGGCAUAAUCAACAAGAAUUACAUAAAAUUCAGACUCUAGUUCAAGAAGGAGAUAUUAUAGGUAUAUCUUAUGACCAUGUAGAACUUAAUUUCUAUAUAAAUGGAAAGUCUACGGAAACUCCUAUAAUAGGGAUAAAAGGAACUGUGUAUCCAGUACUUUAUGUGGAUGAUGGGGCCAUUUUAGAUUUAAUUGUGGAUAACUUUUUUCAUCAAUCACCUGCCGGUUUUGAGAAAAUUAUGUUGGAGCAAUCGUUGCUUUAGCAAAAUGAACUAACAUGACAAAAGUUAAUCCCUUUAUUGAUCUGAAACAUCAAAAUGAUAUAUGUCCAUCCUACGCUAAUGUAACAGAAAGAACAAAGUGGGAAAUUAUUCUAAUCUUAACAGAAAGUCGUAAGAUAUAACUCUAUGAAGAACAAAUUCUUUUAAUAAUAAUGUAUAAAUAUAUUUAAUUAGCAAUUGCAAAAUAAACACCUUAAUUUAUA